CCGGCCCCCCAGGCAAGGAAAAAGGAAAGGAGCACGUCCCUUUUUUUUUCUUCCCACACCUUUCCGCCUGUCCACCUUACCACGAACAGUUUGGCCGUCUCCAUCAAAUCGCCCGUUUCCAUUACACGACUUGUGAAUACAGGCCCCAACACUGGCACUAAAAUUUCUCAUCCUCAUUUCCUAAGCCUCCAGUUUUCCUUUUUCUUUUUUUUAACCCUUUACUCCCUCGUCGCCCAGUCUCUCCUUCCGGACCUUAAUACCUUUUCCCCCUCUCUUCCGUCUUGGUUUGUGUGAACCGACGACGUAGCGCAGCUGAACGAUUUGCCGAACGAGUCGUCGUGGUUACUUGCGACUCGAUUCCUGUCUUCUGCCUGCCUUCCUUCACUGCCUCGCCAACCUCCGAUUCAAGUCAAUAAGGCUCCAGGCGUUGCGUCCGUUGCGUCACGAAGCAGGAUCUGCAGUAGCAACAGCUUGUAACAAGCUUUCCUUCUGUUGCUCCGCUCAAUUGCAGACCAAAACAAAACCAAAUCAACCCGAGCAACUCCACGACGAGCUGUUCCGCUCCGUCCGUCAGUCAGCCACCAAAUUAAUAAUACGCUUUCUGUGGACGUCGGCCCGCCUAACUUUCUGGGCGUCACCCAUCCAACCCUCCGUCUACUCACCUAGACAGUUUUACCUGCCUGUACCCCAAGUACCGCGGCCGACCUCGACACAGACUUUGGUGUCUGCCUACCGACUUUCCAGAGCUUCUCGAGCUCUUCAUAGUCGACAUCGGCUCGUGUUUCUGCCAGCAGCUUAUUCGCCAUCCAAUACAUCCGGCAUAGGAGAACGAACACCAUGUCAAUCUUUGCGUGGUGCUCGCGGCGCUCCGGCGUUUUGGCCUUGACUGCCUUGAUAUCAUUGUCCUACUUUGUUAUCUCGAGAGAGGCCAUCGCCGCCCGGUUAGGCUACAAUUAUACACAACAGGAUAACGUUACAGCACCCAAGUAUGCCCAUGGCGCUGGCUACUGGACUUUGGUCUACGCAUACUACUGCCUCUUGAUCCACGUUCUCGUCUUCUGCUUCUCGAUCCGAAUUAACUACUCGCUAUGGGACAUUACCCGCGGUGUGGCGAGGGUUGCGCACAACAAGUCUCUCAAGGACUUCAAGUUCUCUCACCGCCGCCGUGGCUCAUCCACCUCGCUCUCCAGCUCCGAGACUCUCACCUCAUCCCGUGCCUCUUCGACUUCGUGCAGCGAGGCCGGUGAUCUCGACAUGUCCGACUACACCGUUGAUGCUGACGUUUCAACCAGCCAUGUCCUACACGCCAUCAUCAUUCCUAACUACAAGGAGGAGACCGAUACCCUAAGGGAGACCCUGGAAGUUCUUGCUAGCCACCCACAAGCCCGCGACACCUACGAUGUAUACCUCGGAAUGGAGCAGCGCGAAUCCAACGCCGAGCUUAAGGCAAUGGGUCUCAUUCAAGAAUUCAUCAAGAAGUUCCGGUCCAUCGAUUUCACUCUCCACCCCUCUGACAUUCCCGGCGAGGCCGCUGGCAAGGGAAGCAACGCCGCCUGGGCUGCUCGCAAGCUUAGCGAAAGGUACCCUCUGGCUCAACGCAAGGACGUUUUGGUCACUGGAAUUGAUGCCGACAGCCACCUUUCGUCCAACUACUUUGCGCUAGCUACUAGCAUGCACUUGGCUAACCCCGAGACGGCUACCACCACCUUGUACACCGCCCCCAUCAUUUUCGACCGGAAUGCGCAUGCCGUCCCCGCUAUCGUCCGCGUUGCCGAUGUCUUUUGGUCUGCUGGUGGCAUCUCGGGUCUGUACACGGGCUCCACAAUCGCUCCCCCGACGUCUGUGUACACCGUUCCCCUCGAAUUGGUUGACCGUGUUGGCGGCUGGGACUGUGACAGCGAGGCAAUUGGUGAAGAUCUGCACAUGUACCUCAAGUGUUUCUUUGCUCUCAAUGGCCACCUCACCACAAAGGUCAUCAUGGCUCCCGUGAGCCAGACCAACGUUACCGGCGGCGGCCAAGGCCAAGGAAUCAGGGGACUCAUCAAGGAUAUCCAGGCUCGCUACAAGCAAGCUCAGAGGCAUAUGUGGGGUGCUCUGGACACUGGAUACACUCUCCGCAAGUGCGUCGAGCUCUGGCGCGAGAGGAAGUACCUGGCCCGCGCUUUCAAGCCCCUUCAUCAAUCCCUGGAGUCGCCCGAUGCCUAUGUUCCUCAGGAGCUUGACCAGCUGAACCCCGAGCAGCCUAUUGAGGCAGGUAUCUUCUCGGAUGUCACCCACGACACUCUCGAGAAGCCCGACUGGGAGCGCACUUUCUAUCUCCUUACCCGUAUUUUCGAGGCCCACAUGCUUCCCGUCCACGCCACGAUCCUCAUCGUUUCUUCGACUAUCUACCUGUGGGCCACCGAGGGCGCACCUGACUACCAUGGAAUCAGCUGGAUCUUCACCGUUUGCAACGUGCUUCGCACUGCUGGUUUCAUGGGCACUGCUUUGUACCUCUUCUUGUACGAGAACUUCCACAGGACUUGCGUCGAUGCGCGCGAGAAGGAGAUGGUUGAGGCUGGACUUGCAAAGGGCAUGAACUUUUCAAGGAGGAACAUCAAGACCAACUUUGUCGACUAUGUAAUGGUGCCUCUUGUGGCACCACUAUUCGGAUCAAUUCCUUGCGCCUGGGCACAGAUCUGCCACAUUUGGACAGUGGAUCUGGUCUAUACCGUCAGCAAGAAGGUGACUAGGCAAAGAGCCAAGUCAAUUACUCUUGCUGCCACCAAGGUAUAGAUUAACCUGGGUUUUUUCCAGCUUACUACCUAAUAACUUUUUAUUCUCAUUUGUUAUCGCUCGUUAUAUCCGAAGAAACCCCAUUUCAGCUAUUGAACACUUCUCAGCCAAACAAAGCCUCGAUUUCCAGUGUCCAUUCUGUUUUGGAUCGGACCGGCGACCUGGUCCCAUGGACUCGCCCCCCUCGUCGUUUUAACUUUUACACUCUUCUUCUGCAACCCUCUUUGACGACAACAAUUUAUUUCACGACAUUUAUUUCGACCACAAAUAUUUGCAUCAUCGACAAGAGGGGGGGACGACGACAUGAGCGACACAUUCGGAAAGGCGCCGAGCGAGGAAACUCUACAUUGUGUAAAUAGAGGGAUAUGAUGUUGAUAUGCAUGGCAAGGCAUCGGUUUUUUAUCACCCGGCAUUAGAAUCUUGGUGGGCAAGGGAAAGGGAGGGAACUACAAAAGGCCGGCUAAGCCGCACCUUUGGGUUUGUAUUGCUCUUGUUUGGUUUCAUUUUUCAUGGUUUCCUAUCUGGAAUACUUGGGGUUAUCGACGGAGUUGUUGGAACAACAUACGCUACUUUUUUUACGCGGGUUGGGAUUUUUUCGCUACUUUGUUACUUGUUUGCUUUUUCAGAUGAUAUCCUCUCGCAACAUUCGCUUACAAAAGAAGAUGGGAGUUGACGGCAGUCAAGGGCAAGCCGCGGCUCUCUCGGGGGAGCGGGAUCGAUUGUGGUGGUUGGGAAGGAAGGUCGACGAUGUCGUCCUCAGGGGUUGGUGGGGGAAUGGGCCAAAGACGGUAGCAGCUUGUUUGGGGAUUCGAACCUAGGAACGACGAUGGAUGAUGGGUUAGAACGUUGGAUGGACUACCUUACCCCUAGCGCCUAGGAACCUCCGCCUCGCCGCUACUGGCCUGGCCAGCCAGCCCCGAUAAUAUUUAAUCAGUUGUAUCUACCAUUUCAUUGGAUUGGAUUGGAAGGCCGUUUGUGAUGUUGGUUUUGAAGAGUGGCAAAACGUGCCUAGCUUAAUGGAUGAUGAGGGUCUGUGGCAUGUACAAGAGAAAUCUUGACUGCAUUCGGCAGUUAUGGUACAUGAUUGAGAGGGGAGGUCUAAGACUAAGAAUAGACAAGACCAGUUGAAAAACAAAGAUGCUCCAGAUGAUUGACGAA